CCGACAGUCACACUUUAAACGUCCUUUUUGCAUCGGUCCUUUCCCAUAUCACUGCGGGAGUUUGGCAAUAAGGCAUCAGAUAUCAUUUCGUCCUUUUCAAUCGCUCAUAUGUUCGCCUCCGGUCGCACAACUACUUUGCGCUACCUCUCCGUUAUUGCCAUUGAUCAAUAACAUUGGCUUUUAGAGAGGUAGUCGCUGCCUCGUUUCUUUUCAAAGCCUAUCCAAAUUAUUCAACAAAUAAUACAAAAAUGCCAGAUCAAGUCAUUUCCACCGAUAUCAGUAAUGUGUCAAAGGCAUAUGCUGUACUCGGUGGAUUUAUUGUCAUUUAUGGUCUUAUAAGUUAUGUGGCCAAAGAUCGUCUCUAUAUGAGCGAGCCUUUGAUCGCAGUCACUGUUGGUAUCAUCACCGGUCCUUAUGUUCUAGGAUGGGUUGAUCCACUCUCUUGGGGUACAACCGAAGAGACCAAUUAUGUCACCUAUGAGCUGACUCGCCUGGUCGUAGGUGUGCAAGUUUUGUUCACCGGCAUCUCGUUACCAAAAGCAUAUCUACGCAGAGAGGCACUCUCUUUACUCGUCCUUCUAGCUGGCGUAAUGACAGUCGCUUGGUUCAUCUCUGCCUUACUCAUCUGGGGUCUCAUUCCAAAUUUGACCUAUCUCGAAAGUCUUGCAAUCGCAGCAGCAAUUACGCCAACCGAUCCUGUUCUCGCCAAUAGCAUCACCAAAGGUCGAUUUGCCGAAAAGCAUGUCCCGUACAACCUUCGAAAUAUAAUCGUAGCAGAAAGCGGUGCAAAUGAUGGUCUAGGAUUCCCUUUUCUCUUCUUGGCUCUCUAUUUGCUCGCUCGAACUGGUGAAGAUCGCGGCACGAGCGUGGGCACAGAAGUUGGCCGUUGGAUAUACGGUGUGGUGCUUUAUCGUAUCUUGCUAUCAUGUGUAGUUGGUGCUGUAAUCGGUGUAUUAGCCCACAAGACGCUCAAAUGGGCAGAGACAAGAGGCUACAUCGAUCGUGAUAACUUCUUUGCCUAUGGAUUCGGUCUGGCCUUGUUCACCUUGGGAACAACUGGCCUUUACGGUUCAGAUGACAUUCUUGCAUGCUUUGUUGCAGGUAAUGCAUUCACAUGGAAAGAUUGGUAUCGCGUUCGAACGCAAGUAGAAGAAGAGGAUACGUUUCAAGACAUCAUUGACUCCUUGUUGAAUGCGGCCAUUUUCAUCUACAUUGGUGCCAUCAUACCAUGGAAUGCAUACAGCACAGGCGGACAAUCGAUAGACAUCAGUCCAUGGCAAAUUGUGGUACUCGGUCUCACAGUCCUCAUCUUGCGCAGACUUCCAUGGGUGGUCGCCUUGGCUAAAGUGAUUCCCGCCAUCACGAAUUUAUCCGAAGCACUCUUUGCGGGCUGGUUCGGUCCUAUUGGUGUAGGGGCAGUCUUUUACAUUCAAGUUGCCCUGCGUGAGAUACCUGACGAUGGCACUCGUGAUAGACUUCGUGCAGUGUAUGCGCCUGUGGUGCUUUUCUGCGUAUUCUCCAGUGUCUUGACUCACGGCAUCACUAUCCCAAUUGCGAAGCUCUAUCCCAAUAUUGUUCGAAGAACCACUUCAUUCUCCCAACGCCGUACGAUCAGCUUCACAUCCCGUCCUGUAAGUAGAGCGGCAUCCAUCUCACCUCAAGAGACGGGAAACAAUGUCAAGGCCGACCCUUCAGUCGCAACUACUGCCGAGAAGGCGAUCUGGAACCCUUUCUUCGCUCUGGCUGAUGGAUUAAAAAGUGUCGCCUUGUUUUGGCGUAAAGACUCUUUCUGGAGAAAAGAGAAUGCACAUCAACGACAACAACGAUUACUCAAAGAGAGUAAGAUCAGCCGACCGAUCAAAGCCACCAAAAUGGCCUCGAUGGAGCCAGAUCAAAUCGAAGGCGAAGGUUCAAGCGACAGCAACGCUGAGGAGGGAUCCGGGUCUGCUGGGAUCCAAGUUGUCGAUACUGCACAAAGCGCUCCCAGCAAAUUGCCCUCAUCUGAGAUUGCUGAAGUGGUGCAAAAGCCGGAACAUGCUGCUGAUCUCAAAGACAAACAAGGUACAUCUGAUCAAAAGAGAGACACCUGGUUACAAAGCGUCGAAUCUGCUUUGCAACGCGAAUUACAACGUGAACGUGAAGAGGCAAUCCGUGAAGGCAAAGAACGUGGUCCUUUACGUACCCGACCUUCUGCGUUGGAAGGAAUCCCUAUGACGCAAACCCGAACUAUGAGUCAACCAGGCACGCCAGGUGCUUCUCGUGUUCGUUUCCAAUCCUGAGCUCUCUCUCAUUUUGUCGAAAGAGCUUAUCAUUUAUCAUCUAGACUCUGUGUCAACUAAUUAAAGCAUCCUUAAAUUGCACAAUCCUUAUCCGUCCUCUCGCAUUUGUAAGGGC